AUGAGUGAUUUUAGCAUCGAGUACAUAUUGAAUCGUGCUGGUGAUAGAUUUGUGGGCACCAAUGCAUCUGUUGGAGUUCUGCAGAGAUUACGGGGUAGCAUGCCCCUCCCAUAUCAUCCAUAUGCGCAUCCCACACGCAAGGAGUCGCCUCCACCGCCACCACUGGAGGAUGGACAGUUGCCCAUGUACGACUGGCUUCAGUAUACCCGUUAUCAUCCUCCCAAGCUGCCGCGUGCACUGCGCCAAGGUCCUGCCAAGCGUACACCUGGACGCUUGCCGAGAAUUCCCUUUUCACCCGCCCAACUGCAGGCAUUGGAGAGUGCCUAUAAGGACUCCAACUAUUUGAGCGCCGAAGCUGCAAAUAAGUUGGCCGAGUCCCUGGAUUUGACCAAUACAAGAGUCAAGAUAUGGUUUCAAAAUCGUCGAGCUCGGGAGCGACGUGAGAAACGCGAAAAGGACGAAAGCUGCGACUCCACUUUCUCAUCGAAUGCCUCCAGUCCGGAGCCGGAAAUGAUCGUCAUUGUUUGA